UGUCACAUAUUCCCCUGGGAAUCAGAGGACAUCAGGAGCAAUCCACCUGAGAGUAAUGCCUAGGGAUUAAACGUAACAUUUACGAGAUACUCUGUCCAAGGAAUUAUCUUUUCUUUCAAGGCAUGGAUAAACGUCUUAUCCUCAGUGUUCUGUUGCUGGUGCUGUCCUGGGAAUUUAUGCCCACUUAUGCUGAGACAAACAAUACGGUCACAGUAAAUAGCACUGCAACAGACAACAGAACAGAAGCACCAAAUACCAAUAUAACAUCGGCUAAGAACGCAACUACAGUGGCACCAACCAACAUCAACACUACAGCAGCAUCAGGCAUCAUACAUGCAAUUAUGACCAGUAUUUCUCGGCAAGAAUGUGGCACCUCAAAGCUCUGUGUAGAUACACCCUCAAAGUGCGAUCCUGCCUCUGGAGACUGCUAUUUCCUUUCUGUCAAGAAACAAAGUAACCAAACGUACACCUUUGAGCUCUCAGGACAGGCACAGGGCUACAUUUCUGCUGGUCUGUCAACUGAUGCAUAUCUGAAUGACAGUGGGAUAGCUUACAUCUGUGCGAACCACAACGGUGGUGUGAGUUUCUUUGCUGGCUUCUUCAAUAAUCUUGUACCAAAUGUGACGGAUUUGCUGAACGUAACCGAAAAGCACGGAUCCGUCAACUCAAGUAAAAUCCGGUGUACAUUUACAGCUGAUCUACCCGACACAAAAAAGCGAGCAGCAGGUUACGCUAUUGGUAUUUUUACUGGAUCUUACAAUUCCAGUACUGGGGAGCUGGGAGUGUCAAAAUCCAAAACUCAAACGACUGUCGUAGUUGACCUGUCAGACCCUACCGCCAAUUUGAUUGGCAACAGCGCUUCCUUUGUUUAUCCGGUCACACACACACAUUCAUUUUUACCAGUUCUGCUGGCCACCAUGUGUUUGCUGGCUUUCACGGCAGGGUGAAGCCACUGAUGUCCACCGUGCUCGAAGAAAGCCGCAAAGUCCUGUGCACAGUUGUUCUUAGUUUAGUAGGAUUCAUUUUGUACUGAGUCGUUAUUAUUUGAAGAAAUGAACAAAAAAAAAUCAAGUCUGUUAUAAAUUUAAAACCCUUUGUUUUAAGGGUUUUAAGUUUGUGUUUCUGAAACUAAAAGCGAAAUGAAGUCAAAUGCUUCUCUUUAUUAGCAUAAAAUUAUUUACCCACGGGACUGUUGCAAUUCUGCUCUGUCGUAUGAAUUAAACAUAAAAUGAAAUUUAAUGAAGAAAAAAAAAUACCUUUUUAAGAGCUACAAAGAAAGAUUGUGUGAUUUUUACCAGCAUAUCAUCAUGCGUAACAGCUUUGGGGCUUCAUGGUCUGAUUACCUUUAAAGCCUAUUUCACUGGUGCAUAUUAAAAAAAGUUCUAAUCUGACUUCUUUUUACAUUAUAUUGUUUUAUUGUUAUGGUGGCGUUGUUAGCUGUUCCUGAAUUAUGAAGUCUUUACUGGCUGAUGUGUAUGGAUGUGUCAAUAUAAGGCAGAUACUAAUUAUGGUACCAUAUGUUGGUGAAGGUAACAACAUUAAUACAUAUUUUACUAUGUAUUUUUAAUCAUAGUAUGUCUACAUAUAUGUACAAAGGUUUAAUAAAUAUGUAUUUCUGAAGGAAA